GUGCCGCCACACAAUCAUCACACUGUAAUCGCCAUCUAUCGUCGACUAGUAGGAAACAAAAUACGUCAAAGCCGCAAAAGCUUGGCUGUCGCGGACAGUGAGCGAUCGCAGGGUUGAUAAUCGCGUGCGAACGAUGCGAAAUUAUGCAAAAGCAGAGAAGAACCGGGCGAGUUACGGCGGCGAGCGGUGUGCAUAGCGAGAAAUAAUCGUAAACGGUAUACCGGAAGGCGCAAUAAAAUGAUUAGUGGCAUUCAAAUUGCCCUGAAGAAUGCCAUUGACGUGAUAGCACCGCCAGCCACUCCGCUGCAAGACUUCACCUACCACUGGAAGCAGUUGAUGAACUUCUACGUGAACCACCUGACGAACUGCAAGGUCCCCAUACAGUCCACCGGUAUACCGCGUCACUUGGAAAGAUUGUUGGAGAUCCUAUUAGAGGAAGAGAAGAAUGAGAACGAGCCAGGAUCCUGUUUGGAGUACCUGUUGCAGCACAAAUUGCUGGACCUACUGGCCACUUUGGCCAGCGCUGAAACUCCUCCCGGAAUGAGAACAGUCUGUCUGUCCUUUCUGAGAAAAUUACUAGGGAGAUCCAAGUAUCCUCUGAUACAUCACACGUCCAUCUACAGUCCAGUCCAACGGUUGAUAGCCUUGUGCAAUGGGAGUCCACCCUCGCCUAUGGAGGCCGAGGAGAUCCAGUUCCUCCUCACCAUUUGCUUCCUGGUCUGCAAGUAUCCCCACGUGACCAGUCUGAUAAACGACGCUCCAUCGGUCCCGAGGCAAAGCACGGCAGCGAAUCAGAGCAUCGAACGAAUAGAAGUGGAGAAGGUCACAUACGUGCCGGACAGAAAGAAGAAUUUCAAUCCGUUGUUCGAACCGCUUGAUACUCAAGCGAUCACCCUGAUAAAUCCUAAUUUGUUCAGCUCGGAGCAUGAUAGGUGGCGGUCCCACAAAUCGUCCAGCAAAUCCGAUCCAGCCCGUGGGUCUUCUAGUCAAUCGAAUGGUUCGAUAUCUUCCAGAGGGACGGAGAACGCCUCGCAGUCUUCUAGUCCUGUGACUCCGAAGUUGAUUAGCGAUAGUAGUACCAACGUGUCGGAGCAAGUUCCUGAUCCCCAGGACGACGAGAUUUCGCACAAAUGCGAGGACGUGGCUCUGAUGAACGAAAUAGACGCGCAUCUGCAGAACCUUCAGGAUCUACGGUUGGACGUUGAGUACAGUGGAGUUUACGAGGAUGCUAGUUGCCCGGAGAACGAUCAGACUUCGCUUAGAUCGAGGAUGGCGCCAAAAUCCAAAUGCCUUCUACUAGAUGCCUUGCUGAGUUACAUAAACACAGCGGACAAUACCGUAAGGAUAAGAGCGUGCGAGGGUAUAAUGGUUCUAGCAUCCUUAGACGAUCCACCCUUCGCUCAGAUGAUAGUCAACAGUGAUCUAACGACCCUGAUAUCGAAUAGACUGGAGAAUCUCUUCAACGCGAUUCCAGCUCAUGUUGAUCCAACGGAGAUCGACGGGGUGGAUGUUACUUGGGGCCUGGAUUCGCCAGUUUGGACGAAGGAGAAGAAAUUCUCUGGCUGUAGACAGGUGGCCGCGUUUUUCAUGUGGUUCGACUACUGCAAUCAGCUGAUAAGGGAAGCGCAUCCGGACGUGGCUGAUGCGUUGGCGAAGAGUAUCAGAGUGAAUUUCUUGGAGAAGAUUGUGACACCGGCCCUGGCCGAUCAUCACGUUGUUCUUAUCACAGCGCUGAUUACCAAAUGUUUGAAGGAAUUAACCUCGACUACGUUGUGUACAGAGAUGAGUUACUGGCUUGUGGGACAAGACAGAGGCCCCGAAAUACCAAACGUAUGGACGUCACCGGUUUUGCACAGGUUGAUAGACAACUGUUUCACGGACAGCGACGAUUUAACAUUGGAAACGUUGAAACUGUUUGAGGAAAUGAUAGAGAAACGAAACGAGCAUAUAUUACACUGUCUGGUGUUGGUGUACUUAUCGACGCGAGGCUAUUACGAUAACACAGCCGCGGAUAGCGCGAUUGCGUCCUGGAGCGACGAGGAAGACGAAAGAGAAAGAGAGAAAAAGGGUUCGCUGGAUCUAUCUUACGAGCAAAGUCACAGUAGAACCCUGGCACCCAGUAAUAUUCAUAGAAUUGUAAAUUGCUUCCUGUCCCUGAUUCCGCGAUAUCUGCAAACGGACACGGACGUGAAUAAUUACGAACGAUACAUGGCCGACCUGGAGAGGCAAUAUUCUACGGUGUUAACCGACUGCUCGUUAAUGGCCUGGCCGUUGGAAGCGGUGAGCGUCGACGAUACGGCCAGUUCCGACUCUAGACCGGAAGCUGACCACUGUUCCGUACGGUUCUACGUGGGACCAUUUAUGACGAUGCUGUUCGAGAAGGUUGCCAAUAUACCGAGACAAAAGUACGAGAUCAAUCUACAGUUAACCGUGGUGAUCUCGAGGCUGUCGCUUCUGCCGCAUCCGUACCUGCAUGAAUUCUUAUUGAAUCCUUUGCUACCGCUGGCACCGGGCACAAAAAAUUUGUUCACCUGCUUGCAAAAAGUCGUCAAGCAGCUGGUGAACGAGGUACCAAAGACGCCGGAUCACAGACAGAUGCUGAAGGAGACGCGAGAACGAUUGCUCGAGGAUUGUUCUCACGAUGGAGAGAAGGAGAAUAUACUGUUCGAGAGCGUGAUCGUGACGGAGGAGUUUUGCAAAGAAUUAGCCGCGAUAGCGUACGUCAAGUACCAUCAUUCUAUGUGAUAAACCGAUAUCAAAGAGAAUAAUGUAAAUUCUAGGUGUAAUUAGAUGUAACAUUACGGCCGAGUCUUUUACUUAAAAGUCGUUCUAGAUACGCUUAAAUAGAAAAUUGGUUCUUUUUCUUUUCUUUUGUGAUGAAUAUUUGUAAGAUACCUGAAACUAUUGAUAAGUAAUAGCGAAUAUUAUAUACAUAUGUAUAUGUUAAUGUUAAUAUUUGCAAUCGACUUAUUUGCACUAUUCAAUUUGUGACUCUAAUAAAGAAAACAUUGAAAGUUA